UUUGUUAUUCUAGUGGGGGUUCAAAAAGAAAUUUGGGUAUAGUUAAACGGUGUGCUUUGCCCUAACGGAAACUCAACUCAACUGUGCGAAGAAAGCUAUGGGGAAGAAAGCAAGUGGAGUAGGAGAAGGAGGAGAUGGAUCCACUGGAAAAGAAGGUUACAAGCUUCUGGGCAAUCCGACUUUCAAAAAAUUGGAGAAUGGCCGCUUCAAAUGCGUUCAAACAGGGCAUGAGCUGCCGGAACACGCUAGGGACUCUUAUGCCCACAGCAAGCACUGCCGCUUGGGUCUAAUUGAUGCUGCACUUUCUAAGAAUAAACCUCCUCUCAAUAUGUUUAACCAAGAUCCUCUCAAUCGGUCAAAGUUGAUAUGUAAAUUAACAGGAGAUACAGUUAAUAAGUCAGAGGAGCAUAUAUGGAAACACAUGAGUGGAAAGCGCUUUCUCAGAAUGUUAGAGAAAAAGGAAACUGAAACUGAAAUGGAAAAUGGAGGGCUAGAAAAGCAAGUAGAAAAUGAAGCGGCUAAGAAGACGGACAGCAAAGCCAAUCGUCGGGACAAAAAGAAAAACAAAAAGAAAGAAAUAGAAGAUGCUAGCAAGGUUAUAUCUGAAAUAAGGGAUUCUUCUGGAAAGAACAGUGGCUCUGAAGAUGAUGAUGAGUUUUGGAUGCCUCCAGUUGGUGCUCGCUGGGACAAUGAUGAUGGAGGUGAUCGAUGGGGAUCUGGUUCGGAAUCAGAAGAAGAAGAAGAAGAUGCUAUUGGGCAAGAUGGAGGAACUGAAGAGGAAAAUCAUGACACCGGAGAGCUUUCCAAGCGGGCAAAACGCAUGUCCCUUGAGAUUGGACCCAGUAGCUUUGCCUCAAGGAAGAAAAAGAAGAAGACCAGUGCUACAUGAUAUUUUUCCUCUGAAAAAGCAUUACAAAUUUUGUUAUCAUCUUGGGUUUAGUUGUAUACUGCUUGCUUCAUUUUAGCUUUUCUUUAUUUUCCUUACUAUUGUGUUACUGUAGGAAGAAAUUUCUUACAGUUAGAGCGUCAACACAUGUAUUGAUUAAUUUUCGGACUAUUAUGUUGAGACAUUGAAAGAACCAUUAGUAAAAAAAGUAGCAACAUUGUAGAAUA